AUGGAUGAGUGGAACACCAAACAACACGGUCAGUCAGGUCUGAUUGAACGGGUACGUCGUAGUAAACUCACAGCGCAAGAUGCAGAGCAGCAAACGUUAGAAUUUUUGAAGAAAUGGAUUAAUCCUAAAACUUCGCCAAUGUGUGGUAAUUCAAUCUGCCAAGAUCGCCGUUUUAUGCACCGUUUAAUGCCUGAGCUUGAACAAUUCUUCCAUUAUCGUAAUUUGGACGUGUCUUCAGUGAAAGAGUUAGCAAAACGCUGGAGACCUGAAAUUAUGAGCGGUCUAAAGAAAAAUGCUUCACAUUUGGCAAUGGAUGAUAUCCGCGAUUCGAUUGCUGAACUUAAAUAUUAUCGUCACUAUACUAAAGCUGAUGUCCUCUGA